UUUUUCUUCGACCAGUCUAGUCUUCUCGAAUAUUUUGCUUUUUCUCUUUUCUUUUCUCUCUGUCUCUUAAAAUUUCCUAGCACUUUCACUCUUUUUUAUAGUUAUAUUUCUCAGAGCUUGAGAGGUAGAGAGAGAGAGAGAGAGUCUGUGAGAGUUGGAUCUCUUCUGAAUUAAGUUUUCAACUCCUUUUUUUCUUUUUUGGAUAACGAUCAGCUAAAGGGUUCUCUCUGUAUCUGGGCUUUGUAGUGAACUAAGGUUGGAGAGGGGUUUUUGUAAUGGGGAAGGGUUCAAAGAGCAAUUGUAGGUCUGUAUCACAUAAGCUAUUCAAGGAUAAGGCGAAGAACCGGGUUGAUGACCUGCAAGGGAUGUUCAUGGAUUUGCAGUUUGCUAGGAAGGAAAGUCGCACGGUUGAUGUUGCUGUGCUUGAGGAGCAAGUCCAUCAGAUGCUUCGUGAGUGGAAAUCUGAGCUCAAUGAGCCCUCUCCAGCUUCAUCUUUGCAACAAGGUGGUAGUCUUGGGUCGUUCUCCUCGGAUAUCUGUCGUCUAUUGCAGCUUUGUGAGGAGGAAGAUGAUGCCACUAGUCCAUUAGCUGCACCGAAGCCUGAGCCUAAUGAUCAAAGCGUGCAAGUUGGAGGUGAUGUGGUCUUUCAAGAGGGGCAACAGGACCAUAGUUUUCCAUUGAUUGGUGAAUGCAAAAAUUCCUCUUCAGAAGUUCGUGAUAUGGCAGUUAACAACUUGGAAGGGGCUACUCAGGUGGACUAUAAUCAGUUUGAUUUGCAACCAGAUUUUGAACACAACUUCUAUUCUGGUAUUAAUGGUACGGGUUUGUCUGCGGAGGAUGCAGUUCCUCAUACUUCUAGCUAUCUCCCAAGUAUAUGCCCUCCACCUUCUGCUUUCUUAGGCCCAAAAUGUGCACUUUGGGAUUGUCCAAGGCCUGCUCAAGGCAUGGAAUGGUGUCAAGACUAUUGCAGUAGCUUUCAUGCUGCUUUAGCAUGGAAUGAAGGUCCACCUGGCAUGGGUCCUGUUCUAAGACCUGGAGGCAUUGGCCUAAAGGAUGCUCUGCUUUUUUCUGCUCUUAGUGCAAAGGCACAAGGAAAAGAUGUUGGUAUCCCAGAAUGUGAGGGAGCUGCAACUGCAAAGUCUCCAUGGAAUGCACCUGAACUCUUUGAUCUUUCAGUUCUGGAUGGUGAAACAAUUAGGGAAUGGCUCUUUUUUGAUAAGCCUCGAAGAGCAUUUGAGAGUGGGAACAGAAAGCAAAGGUCGCUGCCAGAUUACAGUGGGCGUGGUUGGCAUGAGUCAAGGAAGCAAGUGAUGAAUGAAUUUGGAGGCCUGAAGAGAUCCUACUAUAUGGAUCCACAGCCACUUAACCAUUUUGAGUGGCACCUCUAUGAAUAUGAGAUCAAUAAGUGUGAUGCUUGUGCUUUGUAUAGAUUGGAACUGAAACUUGUUGAUGGGAAGAAGAACUCCAAAGGAAAGAUAACCAAUGAUUCAGUUGCUGAUCUGCAGAAGCAGAUGGGAAGGCUCUCUGCUGAAUUUCCAUCUGAUAAUAAGCGCUCUGUGAAGGGGAGGGCCAAGGUUAAUGCAAAGGUUGGUGUUGGAAGCGUUUAUCCCGUUCCAAAUCGAAUGGCACCAACAAAUGGGACAUAUGAGUAUGGGGUAAACACACCGUAUGAUUAUCUUGUGGACAAUAUAAAUGAAUAUUACCUGACAUAAUCGAGGAAACUUGGAUGGAUGUAGAAAAAGCUGCGUGCUGUUUAGUUACAUUAGGCAGUCUUGGAAUUUAUGUUUUGCACUUUUCUCUUCAGUCGUUCAGUCUUCAAUAACAUGAAACGAAGCUCAUUAUUUUUGCCAUUUGGAGAAUUGUGAAUAGCUCAAUCUCACAUGACGUGCUGUAUUCGACUUUCCUAGAUACUGGAGCUUAUUUCUAACUUCUGGAAGAUGGUGACAAACAGGGAAAAUGGGUGCGCCUUACCCUAGCCCAUUUUUCUAACUAAUUGUGAUAUGUUGAACGCUAGAGACCAUUUACUUUCACCAAUACUGGAAUAGGUGGAUGCAUAUUAUUGCUAUAAUAUAUGUCAUAUUAUGUGUUUUUGAAGUUAAGCCAAUGAUAUUAGUCUUUUGGCAAGCCACUCAAAAGGCAGUCUGCAACAUGUAAUGUGGGAAGUUGCUGCUGGUAUAUAAUAUUUAUCUAUUUAGCUGAUGUUGAAGGAUCACUCUUUAGUUUUCUUACCAUGAUGAUCAUUCAAAAAUUUUGUUUU